GUGAUCUAGACAUGGCGAUCAAGCUUAUACCAGUAGCAUUUUUCUUGCUCAUCCUAGCCUUUGCUGAGUCCAGCGACAGGGGCGAACCUCCAUCUUCUCAAAAAGAUGGCUUUGGUGAAAGUGCGUACGCGGUACAUUGGGAUCCCCCUUCAAAAGAAGGAGGUUCUGGGGCAAGUCCUUAUAAGGUGAAUUGGAGCCCAGAAGAUGCACCUUCCAAAGAAAAAGGUUUUGGGGCAAGUGCUUAUGCGGUACACUGGGAUCCAGAUCAUCCACCAUCUGAAGAAAAAGGUUCUGGGACAAGUUUUGAUAAGGCGACUUGGAGCCCAGAAGAUGCACCUUCAAAAGAAAAAGGAUUUGAUUCAAGUGCUUAUAAGGUAACUUGGAUCCCAGAUGAUGCACCUUCUGAAGAGAAAGGAUUUGGUGCAAGUGCUUAUGCAGUACAUUGGGAUCCAGAUCAUCCACCUGUUGAAAAAACCGCGCGUGACAGCAAUAGCCAUGUGUCAUAUGAACACAUCUGAUUGGGACACGCGGUGCUCUGAGCUGUUGGAUGGAGAGCGUGGCGAACCUAUUUGGCACUACAUGCCCAC